AUGUCUUCUGUAGUUGCAACGACGGCGGUUCGCGGUCGCUUCCUAGAUAUUCAGAAUACGGUUGCCCAAGCGCGUGAAAUUCACGACCAAGUGCGUUACGUAGAAGAUGGUUUACUGAUUAGCCAAAAUGGCAAAAUCCAAUGGUUUGGAUCUUGGCAGGAGGGGCAACAGCACCUUCCUGUUGGCGUCGAGGUUCAGCACUAUCCUGAACAAUUGAUUGUGCCGGGUUUUAUCGACACCCACAUUCAUUUUCCACAAACAGAAAUGGUGGGGGCCUAUGGUGAACAGCUACUCGAAUGGCUCAAUACCUAUACCUUCCCAACCGAAUUACAAUUUUCCGAUAAAGCCUAUGCCGACCAGAUUGCCCAAUUCUUUGUGCAAGAACUGCUGAAAAAUGGCACCACCACAGCCUUGGUCUUCUGUACUGUGCAUACCGAAUCAGUCGAUGCACUAUUUGAAGCAGCAGGGCAGCACCAGAUGCGUCUGAUCGCAGGUAAAGUCAUGAUGGACCGUCAUGCACCUGAAGGUCUUUGCGACACGCCUGACAGUGCUUAUGCAGACUCUAAGGCACUGAUUGAAAAAUGGCAUGGCAAAGGCCGUAACCUGUAUGCGAUUACGCCACGUUUUGCCCCAACCUCAACACCAGAGCAAUUGGCUAAAGCAGGGCAGCUCAAAGCUGAAUACCCAGAUGUGUAUGUGCAUACGCAUUUAAGUGAAAAUAAAAAUGAAAUCGCUUGGGUGAAAGACUUAUUCCCUGAGCAGCAAGGUUAUCUCGAUGUUUAUCAUCACUUUGGCUUAACCGGUUCGCAUUCGGUCUUUGCCCACUGCGUGCAUUUAGAAGACGCUGAGUGGGACUGCAUGCAUCAGACUGACUCUGCCAUUGCUUUCUGUCCGACCUCCAACCUAUUUUUAGGCAGUGGUUUAUUUCCAUUGAACAAGACUUGGGAAAAGCAGGUAAAAGUUGGGCUGGGUACAGACAUUGGUGCAGGGACCUCUUUUAACCAACUACAAACCCUCAAUGAAGCCUAUAAAGUGCAGCAGCUUCAGGGCGAUAAACUGUCCGCAUUUGAGUCGCUCUACCACGCUACGCUGGGCGGUGCCAAAGCACUGAGCUUGGAUGAUAAACUCGGUAACUUUAAUUUGGGCAAAGAAGCCGACUUUGUGGUGCUCGAUCUCAAAGCAACCGCGUUGCAAGCAUUACGUCAGCAACGUGCAAAAGGGAUUGAAGAUGCGUUAUUUGCCCUGAUGACCAUGGGUGAUGACCGUAAUAUUCAUGCGACUUAUAUUUUUGGUCAGAAAGCCUAUGUGCAAAACUAA